AUGUCACGGCUAGGCUCAUGGGCAGACCAUAUUAUCAUACAGGCAGUUGCGAAUGCAAAUAAUUUAAGAAUUCACAUCACAGAAAGUGCACAAAAUUUUACUGAAACUACAGUUGUAACCUCUAUUUAUGCUCAGGGAAAUGUAAGAGAUAUUUAUAUCGGACAUCUUGACGAACUGCAUUAUGUUUCUACAACGCCAAUUGAGCAAUCUGCUUCUCAACAAAUAGGAAAUCAGACAGCAACUGAUAAACAAAAAUCAAACCCUCAAAAUUCGCAAUCUAAUACUAAUAGUAAUAAACGUAUCUCAGAAAACUCCGUCUCGAUGAAAAAAAUUCAUAAAAGAAAAGAAUACAUGAAGGAAUACAUAAAAAAAAGAACGUCGAACAACGAAUUUAAAAAAAAAGAAAGCGAGAGAAAAAAAUCAUAUAAUAAGAAAUACAAAAACUCGAAUUCUGAAAAAAUUAAGGAAUCUUGGCAAAAAGCCAGUGCAACAUACAGACAAUCAAAUCCUGAAAAAAUAAAAGAGAGUUUUAAGACAGUCAGUGCAACAUACAGACAAUCAAAUCCUGAAAAAGUAAAAGAGAGUUUUAAGACAGCCAGUGCAACAUAUAGACAAUCAAAUCCUGAAAAAGUAAAAGAGAAUUUUAAGAUAGCCAAUGCAACAUACAGACAAUCAAAUCCUGAAAAAGUAAAAGAGAUUUGUAAGACAGCCAGUGCAACAUACAGACAAUCAAAUCCUGAAAAGGUCAAAGAAUCAAGUAAAACAGCCACGGAAUUGUCAAAAUUGUCAAAUAUUACGUACAAGCAGAACUAUUCGGAAAGAGUUAAGGAUACUCAAAAAAGGAAAUAUCUUAAAAGAAAGUUAGAAUGUGGUGAAAGUGAAACUAAGAUGAUUAAAUAUAAUAAAGUAGAUAAUUCGAAUGACAAUUCAUGUGAAACUUUGCAAAUACCUGGUAACUCUGAUGAUUCGAGACAACAAAUCGACGUAACAAAGGCAAUUGAGUUAUUUCAUAAGAACAUUAGUGUUGGACCAGAAUAUAUUUGCACCUGUUGUGACCAAUUAUGGUAUAGAUCAUCUGUCACUGAGUGA